UACAACUAAUUAAUAACGUUGUAAAUAAUACGUCACUUCCACCAAAAGGAAAGCAUGGUACUCUCUGCUAAGAAGAUGAAGAGUAAAAGAAAACUAGCUGAUAUGGAUGUUGAUGAUGGGGAACCAAUUGACAUCACAGCUUUAAAAAGGAAUGCAUCAAAGACUUCGAAAAAAAAAGACAAAAAGAAGGAGGCACCUGCUAAGUCAGCAUCAAUGGAAGACAAACUGAAGAACCAAGACCCUGAAUUCUAUGAAUUUCUAAAGAAUGAAGAUCAGAGUUUACUAAACUUUGAUGACAGUGAUGAUGAUUUGGACGAGGAUGAUUUCAGUCCUAGCGAUGAAUCAUCAGAUGAUGAAAAACAAACAUCUAAACCUGUGUCUGUGAAGGGUAUGAAAGGAAAAGUAGUGGUAGGGAAGAAGAAGGGCACACAGGAAGAAGACCUGGAUGAUAUCCUGUCUACAAGUGAAGAGGAGGAAGAGGAUGAAGAAGGAUCUGAUGCUGAGACAGGGGGAAAAUUCCAUAAACUGCCAUCCAAACUAGAGGUUGACAGUGAUGAAGAUGAUGAGAAUGAAAAAGAAGAGGAAGAAAUUCCAGAGUCAAAGAAGGGGAAGAUGAGAGGCAUACUUGUGACCAGUAAGAUGAUCUCACACUGGAGUAAAGCACUAGAGGAUAAACCAUCAUCUAGUCUGAUAAAGGAUGUUGUCUGUGCAUUCAAAGCUGCUGUUAAGCGGGCUGGCCAUGAAACAGAAGUUAAUAAGUACAGGGUAGAAGGCAGCACAGCAUUCAAUGGCAUUGUGAGACUAUGUCUGGCUCACAUGUCACCUGCACUCCAUAAAGUUAGUGGUGUUCCUCAGACCACAGACCUUCAGAAACCAGUUAUACCCAAUCCACAAAGCAAGAAAUGGAAGGCUGUAAAACUAGAUGUCAAGACUUACUUAUCUCACCUGUUACAUUUGCUGGGUGAGAUGUCAGAAUCGGCCAUGUUAAAUGUCAUCCUGAAGCACGUACACAGACUGGUGGCUUUCUACUCAGUCUUCCCAAAGCUCACAAAACUCAUGAUGAAGAAAAUGAUCUCUCUGUGGAGUAAAGGGGAGGAAACUACGCGAGUGUUAGCUUUCUUAUGUCUGAACAAACUGGUACUGAUCUCCCAAAAAACACUACUGGAACCUUGUAUGAAGCAAAUGUACAUGUCCUAUGUGAAGAACACAAAGUUCACGUCUCCGACCACCAUUCCUCUGAUCAACUUCAUGCAGAUGUCCAUGGUGGAGAUCUUCGCUGUGGAUCCGGUACAGGCCUAUCAGCAUGCCUUCGUCUACAUCAGACAGCAAGCCAUCCACCUGAGGAACGCCAUCACAGUCAAAAAGAAGGAGAAUUGCCAAGCAGUGUAUAACUGGCAGUUUGUUCGGUGUCUGGAGUUCUGGGUUCGAUUACUUUGUAGCAGUCAUCCCAGUGAGGCACUGAGACCCCUGAUUUAUCCCCUCACACAAACCAUUAUAGGAACCAUCAAAUUGAUACCCACAGCUCGGUACUAUCCUCUGAGAUUUCAUCUGAUUCGAGCCCUGAACCGACUCUCUCAGGCUACCGACACAUUUAUACCAGUUCUACCCCUGGUUCUAGAGGUAUUGGAACAAACUGACUUUAAUAAGAGACACAAGACAGUGAGCUUAAAACCAUUCAACUUUGCUUGUAUGCUUAAAUUCUCCAAGGCACAGCUACAAGAAAAAGCAUUCAGGGAUGGCCUGAUUGACCAGUUAUACGAGAUCCUAUUGGAUCAGCUGCACAUCCAUGCCAGCUCUAUUGGAUUUCCAGAACUGGCUCUCCCUGGGAUAAUUCAGCUGAGAGAUUUCAUGAAGAAAUGUAAGAUUGCAAACUACUGUAAGCAGAUCAAGCAAAUUGUGGAAAAAGUGGAUGAGAACAUCAAAUUUAUAACCAACAGAAGAAAGUCCACUAACAUAAGGCUGUCAGAUACAAAGGCCGUGGAAGCAUGGGAGAGAGAAUGCAAAGAGGCCGGAACUCCGCUGGGCAAAUUUUACAGCAACUGGAGGAAACUACGAGACAGAGAACUGCAGCACCAGAUAGCCCAGAAAGACCUGAUAGUUGGCAUGGAUGAGAUGCCUCGGAUAGAGAGAGAAAGAGGCCCAGCCAAGGCAUCAGAGGAGGACAAGAAGGAAUUCAGUGCCUUGUUUGAUGAGGAAUCGGAUACUGAUGAUGAAACCAGGUUCCUUCCCAAAAACGAAAGACCUGCUAAAAAACAAAAGACAAGUCAUGGAGACAGUUCUGAUGAGAGCCAAGACUAUAGUGAUUUUGACAGUGAUGAACUUGAAAUACUAGCCAGAUCAGGGGAUGAAGAAUCUGAUCGAGAUAGUGAAGAAGAUGCUGAAGUUGAUGAUGAUGAUGAUGACAUUGGUGAUGAAGAUGAGGGUGAUGAAGAGGAAGAUGAUGGAUCCCAAAGUGAUGAACAAGAUGAUAUUGAUGAAAAAGAAGAUAUUGUUCAGAACUUUGAAUUAUCAGACUCUGAUUAAUGGUAUUAACAUUGUUUUAAAUAAAAGGAUGAAAUUUUCAA